AUGUCACAACCAACUUUCGUCACCAAGCCCACGCAUACCCACACAAUAUGGCGCCAAAGGCCUUUGAGCAAAAUGCAGAAACUGGUCGGUCUAUUCAUCCCCAAGGCAGAUAUCAAACUUUUCAAGUUCGUCUUAAAGCAUAAGCUCUACCAUAUGGAUUAUUGGGAUAAUAAGCUUCGAUUGACGGUACCAUUAGGCAACAAGAUCCCAGAAAGGGCACUUGCAGAUCUUGGUGCUCUAAUGGAAAUUGAAGGACUGGACAAGUACUGGGAAUUCGUGACGUGGGUGCUUACCGACGAUCCGCUAAAGGUCGAUCCAAGGGUGUACAACAUUAAAUAG